CAGGUUAUUGGGCUACCAAGAUUCAAGCGAGGGCUGAGGCUACGUCUGUGCCCUCAACACUGUACACGGCGGUUGCGGCUCCGACGGAUAUAAGUAUAAAGUAGACGAACGAGGCUGUGAUCCCAUCUCAAGCUUUGUAAUAUCUGAUUAUCAUUAUUGCCAGUAUAAAGGGGUCGAUUGUGUUUUGUAGUUGCUCGAAGCUCGUCUGUUGUGCUCGACGAUCGAACUGCAUGUAAUGCAGGCGUCUUUCCAGGCAUCUAUUGUUGUAUGAACAGACGUGGUCGUAUCUAAGUGGUUGAGUGCCAGGCAUGGAUCCAUGACACUGCGCCGCUUCGUUGCAUGACUACCCCUCAUUUUCAUCGAUCAGCUGAAUACUCGUCCCCAAAGACUAUGACCAUUAACAUUGAUCCAUCUAAGCUUUCUGCCUGGGUCAAUUGCGACUACUCCUUCAUCCAACACCUGUCGUUGUCACGGGCGACAACACAACAAUGCGACUCCUAAGUGUAGCUCCGGAUGGUGGUCUGCAGCUGAAAACGUACAGCGAAGAUCAGGUUCCUCCUUAUGCCAUCCUUUCCCAUACCUGGGGACGACUCGAGGACUACGAGGUGACUUACAGAGACGUACUGGAUGGUACUGGAUUGAACAAACCUGGGUAUGAAAAGUUGCUGUUCUGUCACAAUCAGGCUAUGAGACACGAUUUGACGUACUUCUGGGUCGACGCAUGCUGUAUUGAUAAGUCCAACAGCACAGAGUUACAGGAGGCUAUCAACUCUAUGUUUCGUUGGUACCAACGGGCUGAAAGAUGCUACGUCUACCUCACGGAUGUCUCCAUCCGUGCCGGAGAACGACAGCUAUCGCGAGAAGAAUGGUUACCUUCUUUUGAAAGCAGUCGCUGGCAUACAAGGGCUUGGACACUUCAAGAACUGAUUGCGCCACGAAGUGUCGAGUUCUACUCUCGUGAGCACGUGUAUCUGGGGGACAAAGUCUUUCUCGCCGAGAACCUAAGACGAAUCACUUCAAUUGACAACGCAGUCUUAUCGAAUGGCAACUUUCUUCAAUAUAGUAUUGAUGACCGAAUCCGCUGGUGCGAGACGCGCCAGGCGACAAAAUCGGAAGACAAGGUUUACUCUUUACUUGGACUGUGCAAUAUUUAUCUUCCGCUCAUCUACGGUGAGGGGGAAGAGCAUGCAAUGAGGCGGUUGAGGAAAGAGAUAUCUGAGGCAGACCAUCUUAUUACCGCACCCGCCCGGAGGCGCCCCUUCAUGGUGCCAUUCGAACGAAAUUCACGAUUUACUGGGCGCGAACAUGACCUAUCGCAAGUGAGUGGAAUGCUAUUCCGUGGUACAGAGACUAGCAGAGCAGCGAUCGUCGGAUUAGGGGGCAUUGGUAAAACGCAAGUUGCGAUCGAGCUUGCCUAUCGAGCAGCUGAGCUCUACCCUGACUGCGCAAUAUUUUGGAUUCCUAUGACCAAUACGGAGAGUCUCGACCGAGCUUACAGCUCUUUAGCGGACGAGCUUGACGUACCUGGACGCCGUAAUAGUUCCACUGACUUGAAAUUACUUGUACAAAUGCACAUGAGCAGGGUUGAAACUGGACGAUGGUUGAUGAUAUUCGACAACGCGGACUCGAUGGAGACAUGGACUGACAAACAAAGCGAUCGUCACGCUGGAAAACGACUCAUUCACUGUUUGCCCAAGAGUGCCCUUGGUAGCAUUCUUUUCACAUCACGAGACAAGAAGGUUGCAGUGAAGUUGGCUGAGAGCGAAGUGAUAGUUUUAAAAGGCUUAGAGCCCAGCUUUUCUGUGGAGCUAUUACGUAAAAGCCUUAUACACACAGAGGAUGUAGAUCGGCCCUGUGAGAGUGAAUUGGAAGCUCUCGGUGAGCUGCUGACACAUUUGCCGCUGGCACUUUCGCAAGCAGCGGCAUAUCUGAAUUCCAACGACGUCUCAAUCGCAACAUACCUGACUCUAUUCCAAGAGCAAGACGACACCGCUAUAGAACUUCUAAGUGAGGAGUUUGAGGACCAAGGACGAUAUGAGACCGCCAGGAACCCAAUAGCAGCGACAUGGCUCAUAUCGUUUGAGCGCAUUAGAGCAACUGACAAUCUGGCUGCCGAAUACCUCUCGCUGAUGGCUUGCCUUGAACACAAGGACAUACCUCAUUCGUUUCUUCCAGCCGGUCCCUCGAAAAAGAAACAGCUUGAUGCUAUCGGAACACUCACUGCCUACUCAUUCCUCAUGAAGACCACAUCAAAUACAUACAAUCUACAUAGGCUAGUCCAUCAUGCUACUUGGAAAUGGUUGAAAGACAGAGACCUGAGUCGUGGCUUUACCCGCAAGGCACUUGAACGUCUAGACGAGGUCGUUCCAAUGGGAUACGAGAACAGACAUGUUUGGAGGCAGUUUCUCGGUCACAUGGGACACGUACUUGACUUGGAUAAGAUUUCUGUGUCUGACGAGUUACAUCUAAACCUUACCUGGAGGCUUGGUCAUUAUCUGAAAAGUGAUGGCAGAUAUCGCGAAGCCGAGCUUAGGUCCCUUAAAGCAUGGAGAGCCCUGGAGUUGGAGCCUGAUAGCGUGGCAUAUCGUACAUUUUUAACUCACCAGUUGAAUCUUGGUUUGCUACAGAAGACCCUCGGCGAGUUUGAGACCGCAUCCCAGAUAUUCGAAGGAGUUACGCCGUUUUUGCAAUCUGAACUUGGUGCAGAACAUCCCAGCUGUUUACAAAUAUUGUCUGCCCUUGCUCACUGCUAUCUAAUAAUGGGCCGACUUGUUGAGAGUGGGCAGAUACUCACAAGGGUCUUGGAAUCUCAAAGAAGGAUAUUGGGUGACGACCAUCCGGACACACUUGAUACCCUGAAAGUUUGCAUGGAACAUAGCGUGCUUCGUGGGGACCUUGUCCAGGCUGAGAGGCUCGGAAUCGCCGUGAUUGAGGGUUAUAGACAUAGCAAGAGAGAACAGCAACGAGCAUGCAAGGAAUAG